GAUGAGACUGGCGGCCAUCCACUCCUUCACCCCGCACGUCGCUGCCGGUGGGACGGAUCGAGACUGAUCGACCAGUUGGUUUCUAGGAACCGCCGACAGACGUGAAGGCAGCGCCACCGUUUUUUUUACUUCCGACCUGACACUUUGAUUUACUAUUAUAUCGCUCUAUCUGCCUCUUCUGUGUCGCUAUGGGAGAACGAGAAGACCUAGUUUAUCAGGCGAAACUUGCUGAGCAGGCAGAGCGGUAUGACGAGAUGGUGGAGUCUAUGAAAAAGGUGGCGGGCAUGGACGUGGAGCUCACAGUGGAGGAGAGGAACCUGCUCUCGGUGGCCUACAAGAACGUGAUCGGAGCUCGGAGAGCCUCUUGGAGGAUAAUCAGCAGUAUUGAACAGAGAGAGGAGAACAAGGGUGGAGAAGAGAAGCUGAAGAUGAUCCGGGAAUACAGGCAAACGGUGGAGAAGGAGCUGAAGUCUAUAUGUGGUGAUAUUCUGGAUGCUCUGGACAGGCACCUACUCCCCUCUGCAGCCAUGGGAGAGUCUAAGGUCUUCUACAAUAAAAUGAAAGGCGACUACCACAGGUACCUGGCAGAGUUUGCCACCGGCAACCACAGAAAGGAGGCAGCAGAGAACAGUCUGGUUGCCUAUAAAACUGCUACGGAUCUGGCCAUGUCCGAGCUGCCCCCCACCCACCCCAUCCGCCUCGGCCUCGCCCUCAACUUCUCCGUCUUCUACUACGAGAUCCUCAACUCACCUGACCGCGCCUGCAGGUUGGCGAAGGCUGCGUUUGACGACGCCAUUGCAGAACUGGACACGCUGAGUGAAGAAAGCUACAAGGACUCCACACUUAUCAUGCAGUUGUUACGUGACAACCUGACACUAUGGACUUCAGAUAUGCAGGGAGAGGGUGAAGACCAGAGCAAAGAGGCACUGCAGGACGUGGAGGACGAGGCCCAGUGAGACUCUGCCACCAACAGCCAACAACUCGAUACCCCUCUGCCCCUCACCUCCUCACACUCCUCCUCACCCUUCCACCGUUGUCCUCCUCAUCCAUCCCCCUCCCUCCAGGACCCAGCAGGGUCGUGGAGUUAAGUUUAUUUUUCUCUUAUUUUUGUAUUAGCCCUCACACCGUUGGAUUUAAUACCACUUAAUUGAGACAGGAAGUCCAAUGUUAGAGAAACAAAGAUAAAGACGGAGGUCCUGGCUGGUUUGCUGUGUCGUGUCCUGGUACAAGCAGUUCUGAAGAUCUUAUCUUUGUUUUCAUUCUUGUAUCUUUGGUUUUGCUUUCUCCUCAGUAUUUGUAUCAGUUGCUGGAUGUAUUGAGAUUGUUUCCUAAUGUAAUUACAGAAAUUAACUUUUAUUACUAAUGUUGAAUAAUAGUUAUGGGAGCUGUUUUGUCUGUUUUUAGUGAAAUGUUGAGCAGAUUUACCUUUUUGUUAACUUAGUUUUUCAGAGGAAGGUGGCAACAUGUGUGAUAUCCAUGUGGGGCAACUCCGAGCGUAACGUUUACACCAUAGUGAUUCUGUUCCGGAGCGCGCCGCGUGCCUGUGCCGGUACCUGUACCGGUACCGGUACCUGUACCUGUACCUGUACCGGUUUAGAACUGGGAUGCUGUCAGUGUGCACACAUGCUGACUCUCCUCUAGAGAUCAAGUCUGGCCCCGCCCCUCUGCAGGAAGCCCCAACAAAUCCUGGUGAGUGUUUGCACAAAUGAACACAUUACCCCCCCCCCCCACACACACACACACACACACACACACACACCAUAUUGAAGCUCCUUUAGGAUCAGUGAUUUUCUUUCUUUUGCGGUUUUCUGUCCCUCUCCUGGUUUGGUCUCAUUCUGUGUAACUUGGAGCUGAUUUGUACUACUGGAUAUCUGCUGGAGGGAACCUGUAAUGUUCUUGAUGACACGUGGCAUGGAAUUAACAUUAAACGAUCUAAUUAAGAA